AAUUGGAUGCAGGCUUAUUUCAACACAUGACCAUUUAAAACCAUCCUGGUAAUCCCUUUUGUCUUCUCAGACAUCUGAAGUUGGAUUUGUUUUUAAAAUAGGAGGAUUACAUACUUUGCUGGGGACAAUAUAAGGACUUCAUCAGCAGUCAUGGUGGAUGCAGCUGCAGCAGAGCAGUUCUUGGAUGCCAACCCAGCAUUUGCCAAGCAGUACUAUGACAUGAAUUUACGUCCCAGAGUCAUCUCAGAUCUGCUGGACAGCAACCGUAAGCCAGUGAUGGACACCAGCAGGUUCCAUGAGCUGACCAUGGUGGACGAGAGUGAGAUUCUUUUUGACCUGGUACGAGACAUCCAGGACAACCUGCAGAUGGAGAGGUCGGUCUUCAGGCUAAUGAAACACCUCAGCUUCAUGUUGAGGGCAGACCGCAUGAGUCUCUUCAUGUACCGGCAGAGGAAUGGUGUGGCUGAGCUGGCCACAAGGCUAUUUAAUGUCCAUAAAGAUGCAACCUAUGACGAGUGCCUGGUGCAGCCUGAAAGUGAAAUUGUGUAUCCGUUGGACAUGGGCAUCGUGGGACACGUGGCAACCAGCAAGAAGAUGGUCAAUGUUCCUGAUGUGACAAAGAGUUCUCAUUUCAGUAACUUUGUUGAUGAGUUGACUGAAUAUGAGACCAAGAACGUCCUGGCUGUCCCCAUUAUGAAUGGCAAAGACAUGGUGGCUGUGAUGAUGGCCAUCAAUAAGAUGGAUGGGCCGUGUUUUACUGCCAAGGAUGAAGAGACCAUAAACAAAUAUCUGAACUUUGCUAACUUGGUGCUGAAAGUUUUCCACCUGAGUUACCUGCACAACUGUGAGACCAGAAGGGGACAGGUGUUGUUGUGGUCUGCCAGCAAAGUGUUUGAAGAGCUGACAGACAUAGAGAGGCAGUUCCACAAAGCCUUGUACACAGUCAGAGCUUUCCUCAACUGUGACCGUUACUCUGUAGGGCUGCUGGACAUGACCAAAACCAAGGAGUUCUUUGACAUGUGGCCCAUUUUGAUGGGAGAAGUUCCUCCCUAUGAUGGACCCAAGACUCCUGAUGGCAGGGAAAUAAUUUUCUACAAAGUGAUUGACUACAUCCUUCAUGGCAAAGAGGACAUUAAAGUUAUACCGAAUCCACCAGCCGACCACUGGGCUCUGGUUAGUGGUUUACCCACCUAUGUUGCUGAAACUGGGCUGAUUUGCAACAUCAUGAAUGCAGCUGAAGAUGAGUUUUUUCACUUCCAGACAGAACCGCUGGAUGAGUCUGGCUGGACCAUUAAGAACGUCCUGUCUAUGCCAAUUGUCAACAAGAAAGAAGAGAUCGUGGGUGUGGCCACUUUCUAUAACAGGAAGGACGGGAAACCCUUUGAUGAAAUGGAUGAAACACUAAUGGAGUCUUUGACCCAGUUCCUGGGCUGGUCUGUGCUGAACACCGACACUUAUGACAAGAUGAACAAGCUGGAGAACAGGAAGGACAUCUUCCAGGACAUGGUUAUGUACCACGUCAAGUGUCGCAAGGAUGAAAUCCAGAACAUUCUGGACACCAGAGAGAGAUGGGGAAAGGAACCAGAUGAGUGUGAGGAGGAGGAACUUCAAGAGAUUCUGUCAGAGGUCCUUCCAAACUCGAAGAAGGCUGAAAUCUCAGAGUUUCACUUCUGUGACUUUGACCACAGUGAGCUGGACCUUGUCAAAUGUGGCAUCAAGAUGUACUAUGAUCUGAAAGUGGUGGACAAGUUUCACAUUCCCAGAGAGGUCUUGGUGAGAUUUAUGUACUCUGUCAGUAAAGGCUACAGGAGGAUCACGUACCACAAUUGGAGACACGGAUUUAACGUUGGACAGACCAUGUUCACCCUGCUUAUGACAGGUGAUCUGAAGCGUUACUACACUGACCUGGAGUGCAUGGCCAUGGUGACUGCUGGCUUCUGUCAUGACAUUGAUCACAGAGGAACCAACAACCUCUACCAGAUGAAGUCUGGUAAUCCCCUCGCAAAGCUUCAUGGCUCCUCUAUCCUGGAGAGACACCAUCUGGAGUUUGGCAAGACUUUGCUGAGGGAUGAGGCAUUAAACAUUUAUCAGAAUCUGAACCGUCGUCAGCACGACAUCGUCAUCCACCUCAUGGACAUUGCAAUAAUUGCCACCGACUUGGCUCUCUACUUCAAGAAGAGGACAAUGUUCCAGAAGAUUGUGGACCAGUCUAAGACCUACGAGAACUGGAACGACUGGACUAAAUACAUGAUGCUCGAGACCACUCGCAAAGAGAUAGUGAUGGCCAUGAUGAUGACAGCCUGCGAUCUUUCCGCCAUUGCCAAACCAUGGGAGAUCCAGAGUAAGGUGGCACUCUCUGUGGCUGCUGAGUUCUGGGAGCAGGGUGACCUGGAGAGGACGGUUCUGGAGCAGCAACCCAUCCCCAUGAUGGACAGAAACAAAGCAGAUGAGCUGCCGAAGCUACAGUGUGGUUUCAUCGACUUUGUCUGCACUUUUGUGUACAAGGAGUUUAGCCGUUUCCACCAAGAGAUCACCCCCAUGCUGGAUCGUCUCUUGAACAACAGGAAAGAGUGGAAUGCCUUGAAGGAGCAGCAUGAGGCCAAACUGGCAACCAUUGAAGCAGCCAAGAAAGCCAAAGAGGAGGCUGCUCAGAAAGCUGCAGCAGCCAAACAAGCAGCAAGUGCAUCCCAGUCAAAGACUUGUGUUCUCAGUUAGAGGUACCACGGGAGAACCCUCUACGCUCGCUGCAUGAUUGUGGUCGAUAGCAUGGAGUCUUUUUAAUCUUUGGUGAGAGUUUUGGGCUCACACCUGAAAAAUCCAUCUUCCUGAAAGGUCAAUUCUUCUUUCAGUAACUUGUCUCUGUCAGGUGCAAAUAGAAACUUUUCAAAUCAGCUUAUUUGUCUCUACCGCUUUCCCUCUGCACCAUUUCUUCCCUUGUGGGUUGUUUUCUCUUUAUCUGCACAGAGCUUUGUCGUGUGUUCAGGCAUUUUUUGAGGAUCACAGCAUCUGCGAGUCAGCUAGCAAAAAGUGUUUUGCACUUCUAAAAAUCCCCCACAAAGGGAAAGAAACAGAUCUCUAAAGCAGACUUUUCUGUUUACCUAUAAUCUAAUGCAGUGCUUCAUUAUGAGCUUGAUAGAGUUGAUUAUGGAGCUGUAAUGCCACUAACUGACUCAACAACAUAGAGAAAAGUGCUCCUGAAGUCCAGUUCAAAUGUUUGUUUGAAUUACUUUCACGCUGUUGUAUUUGCUGUGUGGACGUGGUUUUCUUAUUUAUUUGUUUACAACCUGCAAAAAAUAAAAUAAAAUGAAAAUACAGAA